AUGACUGACACCGCCAGUUUUGGGGUGACUGCACCCAUCCUGGUGGCCAAUCCCACGCCGGCGGAAAACGCCAUCAACGAUGCUCUCAUCAAAGAGCUCAAGCUCCGCAACUCGUUUGAGCCCGAGCUGGCGACUCGGCGUCGAGCCGAAGUGCUCGGCACCUUGCAAAAGAUGGCGGAGGAGUUCGUCUACCGGGUUUCUAAGCGCAAAAACAUGAGCGAGGGCAUGGCGCGGGACGCCGGGGGGAAGAUCUUCACGUUUGGCUCCUACCGGUUGGGGGUGUACGGCCCUGGUUCCGAUAUCGAUGCUCUUGUCGUCGUGCCUCGCCAUGUGUCUCGAGCUGACUUCUUCGACGAGUUCCCCAAAUUGCUUAAUGAACGCCCCGAGCUCGAAGAAAUGACCCCGGUUCCCGAUGCGUUCGUGCCCAUUAUCAAGCUUGAGUACGGGGGCAUCUCCAUCGAUUUAAUCUGCGCUCGUCUCGAUGUAUCGCGAGUGCCAGUUACUCUCACGUUAGAGGAUAAAAACUUAUUGCGGAAUGUGGAUGAAAAGGAUUUGCGACUGCUCAACGGUACCCGGGUCACCGACGAGAUCUUGAAGCUCGUGCCUAAGCUUACGGUGUUCAAGCACGCGCUUCGUUGUAUUAAGAUGUGGGCCCAACAGCGGGCGAUUUACGGGAACGUGUCGGGGUUUCCUGGUGGGGUAGCAUGGGCAAUGCUAGUGGCUCGUAUUUGCCAGCUUUAUCCCAAUGCGGUGGGGGCGGUGAUCGUCGACCGCGUGUUUAAUAUCUAUCAUCAAUGGCUGUGGCCUCAGCCAGUGGUGCUCAAGAAAAUUGAAGACGGGCCGUUGCAAGUACGGGUGUGGAACCCAACGUUAUACGCUGGCGAUCGUCAUCAUUUAAUGCCGGUGAUUACGCCGCUGUAUCCACUGAUGUGUGCCACCCAUAAUAUUGGUCAACUGACGUUCAAGGUCAUCAUGGAGGAAUUUAAGCGAGGCAAGGAGAUUAUGGCGGAUAUUAUUGCCGGCAAAAAGACGUGGGCCGAUUUAUUUGAACGCCAUAAGUUUUUUCACAAGUAUAAGUUCUACCUCUGCGUGGUGGCCCUGACGUAUGGCACCAGUGACCAACAUGCAUUGUACCUGGGGAUGGUGGAGUCGAAAGUGCGUUUAUUGGUGCAGAGGUUGGAAAACGUGGCUGGGGUGGAGUUGGCUCAUCCCUACGUUAAGUCAUUUGAUAAUGACUACUUUUGCGACUCUAAGGAACAGGCGUCGCAGAUUGUGGCGCUGUACGGGGAUCUUCUGGGUGAGAAGCUCGCCGCCAAUGUCGCUACCAAGCGCGAGCUGGAUUCUCAAGUCGAGGUCCACCUUACCAAAUUCUUUGUCGGCCUCAACGUUGACGUUGACAAGUGUGGUGGAGACAAGAAAUUAGAUAUCCAACAGCCUUGUGGCGACUUUAUGAAUAUCUGUAAGACGUGGACGGAGUUUGAUCCUAAGAUCAAUGGCAUCAAUAUCAAAAAGGUCCGGGUGUACGAUCUUCCCAACGAUGUGUUCGUUGAAGGAGAAGAACGCCCGGUGAGAGUAUCGAAACGCAAGCGGGUGGUCGCCAAAGGCGAAGGCGCCAAGAGACCUAAAAGCGAACUGAUAAAGAACCACAGUUCGGCGUUUGAUGGUUUGCUUUCGCUCAUCCCCGCGAAGUAUUACUACGAUGAUGCCACUCAGGAUCAGUGGAAACAGAAGAAGAAACUGAAACAAGAGCAACGCCAGAAUAAGCGGGCCAAGCUUGACCCGCUGUCUAAAGACUCCGCCGACGAUUACGCCAAUGGCCAUGCGCUGGCGAAACACGUCAAGGAUAAUAAGGCGAAGAAGGGUAAGCCUGUGAAGCUCCCGGGGGCUGCAACGCUACGUGGGCCGGUACCGGUGGCGAAGGCUUCCAACGAUGAUGAAGACGACGAUGAGUCCGAAUCUCUGGACUCGCUGAUGGCGCUUGACUCCGUCACUGUUUUCGAUGACAACGGCGAUGAGGUUGAAGAUGCCAGUGAAGCCGCCGAAGACGACGCGGCGGUCGAAAUACAAACCGCCAACGACGACGAUGCCACUACCACCGAUGAGUCUCAUUCGGUGAAGGAGAAGGCUAAGAAUGCUAAGGCUCAGUUACUGGAACAAGAGCGCAAGGCACGGGAAGAGAAACUCGCGGCGUUACGACAGCGGUUAACUCUGAAGAUCUCCCAAAUGAAAGAAAAGCGGAAAGCGGUUGGUUCUAAGGCCGAAGGGGCUCCCAAAUCGCGGCAGCAAAUACUCGAAGAGCGUAAGCGCAAAGCUGAAUUGCGUAAAAAGCGGAAGCGGGAAGAAGAAGAAGAGCAAGCCGACGACAGCGACAGUGAUAACGACGACAACGACAACGACAACGACAACGAAGUUAACGAUGCCGACGAAGUUGGCGCUAAGGAUCUGACGUUUUUCGGUAAUAUCGUGUUUAACGAUGGUACCAGAGUCACCUCCGAUCUCACUAAGUUGCGAAACACAGCCGAGAAGAGAAAGAAGAAAGGUCCGGCCAACAACGACAUCAAGGCACACCUCGCCAUCCUCGAAAAGAAGAAAGAACGCUUUGCCAAGUUACUGCCUGAGCAACAACAAAAGGAGUUAGAGAAGGAGAAGUGGCAGAAGGUGAUGACGCAAGCGGAAGGGGUGAAGCUCAAAGAUGACGAGAAGUUGUUGAAAAAGGCAUUGAAGCGCAAAGAAAAGCAAAAGCUUAAGCUGGAACGCGAAUGGCAAGAGCGGACACAAACGGUGAAGGACACUAAGGCUGCUCGUCAAAAGCGCCGCGAAGAGAAUCUUCAAGCGCGUCGCGACGCUAAGGGGGUUCGGGGCAAGAAGAAGAAGCAGUUGCCGCGGUUGAAGAAGUUUACUGGCAUUGUUAACAAAGCUGGGGGUAAGACUGGGGGCAAAGCCGGCGGCAAGAAGAGGGCUGGCUUUGAAGGCAGUGCGAAGCUGAAGAAAAAGUGA